ACGACUGGUAUAUUAUAGAAAUUCUGUCCCGUUUCUGCGUGCGUCAAACAAACUAAGUAUUAACAAUUUUUAAAUUUACUACUAAUACGUACAUUGGUGCAGCACACUCAAAACAUUCGCUCCAACUAUUCAAAGUAGUGCUGUGGCCCCAGCAGGUCCAUCUCCAAAACAAUAUUAUUUGCAGGCUAGAAGUAGUAUUAUAGUUAAACAAAUCAUUGAUCUUGCGGUCGGUCUACGCGUUAGAAAAAAAACAAUCACACGAUUUUUCCAGGAACUUGGUAAGUAGAUCUCUAGACUCGAACUCUAGUAUCAUCUUGUUCCUGUAACGAGUGUCUAUGGGUCAGGAACGUCUUCAUCUAACUCAAACGCUCAUUCGCAUUACUGACUGGCUACGUACUAGCACUAGAAGAGUACUAUACAAUAUAUGCAUGGUGCCUCGUAUUGAUUUUUGGAUUGUACUUUCUCUAUGUAUCUAUAACCUUCUUCCUGUAUGACGCAAUCGAUAAUUGGGAGUUUCCGCCGAGGAAUCGCUAAUUAUCCUCUGCGGACACGCUAAUUAUUCCCGAUGCAUCCAAUAAAGCGAGUAACACACUGCACGAAACCCAGUCAGUCUUGUUCAACAGCAGACGCCUAGGAUAUGGCAAUAGACGCCUCCGAAGUCGAUGGUCGCAUGUGGUUCACAUCGACAAAAUUUUGCCCACACGUUGCAGAAGGACUGCAUCCGUCUGCCAAGCGAGCACGUGUAUACACAGAGCAGCUUCCUAGUGUCUACCAGCUGAAACACCUGCGAGCACAGCGACACGACGGACGAGUUCCAGAGAGUCUUUGCGGCUACACACUCGAGGGAAGGAAACUGAAACUCACAACAGAUGUGAAACAUCGAAUCAGAGUAAAGCGCAUUCAGCUGCAUCUCCGAUCGCUACACGAAACGAUCAAACCGACAUACAAGUCAAUGACCCCGUUCAGGCUGAGUGUCUCGGAAUGCAGUGAUCAUGAUCAUGACUACUACGCUCUCCACCUCGAUCUCGGUCUCGUCUACAAGGUGCUGCAUCAAACCGACAGCUCUGUCCUCUACAGCCUUCUCUACAGCUUCCACACGCCGCUGCCGUUGUUGGUAUUUCCCCAGUCGGAUACAAAUGCGGUCGAUUGUCCGGAUGACGACGUUGAUUCAUCCGACUCAGAAUUUAACGAAUCAGACGACGACGAUGAAGUAGAUUGCUCGUUAAUUUUACAGCAACUUGUUGGGAAUUUUGCAAAAGAUGGAAUCACACUCGUCACGUGUCGAGGUGUGUCUGCUCCCAACUCCGAGCCCUACAAAAUGUCGGUCGACGAAUACGGCGAAAUCAACUGCUCUGGCGUUGAGUCCAGUUACCUACCAACACAAUUCGAGAUUCUCGCCGACAAGCAGAACGUCAGUAUUCCUGGUCAUGUCGUUUGUAUACGCUCUCGAGGCUUCGGUCCGGAAGAAAAAUUCUAUGUGGCUCUGACGGGUAGUGGAAGAAAAAUGAGAUUUACAAUAGAGAAUGCUGGAAGUGGCAUGAAAAAUCAUUCGAUUCCUAAAGAUAAAAAGUUUUACUUUACUGUGAGCGAACAUUCCGGAGGGUAUCGUUUCCGAGCGGUAACCGGUGAUAAGCGAUACCUCGCAUUUGAGUCGGCACCAAGAGGAGGAGUUCAAGUGACUGUUACGGACAAAAACGCAAAGAGCAAACUGUUAAGCACAGUCUUUGAUCUAAUUAAAUGGUAAUUGGAUCGAUGAGAGUAUGUAGCGAUUAAUUAAAUGGUUUUUAAAAGCGUCUGUUGACAGAUUUCGUAGAUCCUAGUCGUUUGCUGAUUAACUAAGUUUCUUUAAUUGAAUUGCCGUAAAACAAAAGAGAAUUACU